CCCACUCGGUCUUAAAAUGUGACAAAUGUUUUGUUUUGGAUCAGGCAAAAGUUUGGACGUCCCAGCGUAGGUGUCAACUGUGUUAGGACCCCGGCCAGCGUUCUACUGGAGUGUAGCAUGACUAGCUAACAGCUAACAGCUAAAAAGAUGUCGCCUUGUGUGUGAACAAUUAGUCGAGUGUAAUAAGUGGCGAGUAGGACGGUGAAAAUGGCAGAAGUUAAAGUCAAGACGGAGACCAACGUUUGCGAGCCCGCCGAAGUUGAAAACCGGAUCAAGGCGCUGUGUCAGCAGUUUCCUCACGGCAUCACGGACGAGGUGAUCCAGAACGACAUGCCCCACUUGGAACCUCGUCAGAGAGCCACGGCCAUAAACAAACUGCUCUCGUUGGGUCUGCUAGAUCUUCUGAGGAACAGCAGCGGUCUCCUCUACAGACUGAAGGACGCGCAGAGCGCCAGCAAGAUGAAAGGCUCCGACAACCAGGAGAAGCUCGUCUACCAGAUCAUUGAAGACGCUGCCAACAAAGGCAUCUGGAGUCGAGACAUCCGCUUCAAGAGCAACCUUCCUCUGACGGAGAUCAACAAAAUCCUCAAGAACCUGGAGAGCAAAAAACUCAUCAAAGCUGUCAAGUCUGUGGCAGCGUCCAAGAAGAAGGUGUACAUGUUGUACAACGUGCAGCCUGACCGCUCCGUGACCGGCGGCGCCUGGUACAGCGACCAGGACUUUGAGUCGGAGUUUGUGGAGGUUUUGAACCAGCAGUGCUUCAAGUUCCUGCACGGCAAGGCAGAGUCUGCACAGGACAACAAGCAAAGUCCGAUGGUCCAGAGGAACAGUUCCUUCGCCGCCUCCCAUGAAGUCUGGAAGUACAUCUGCGAGCUCGGCAUCAGCAAGGUGGACCUGUCUAUGGACGACAUUGAGACUAUCCUGGACACGCUGGUGUACGACGGCAAGGUGGAGAUGAACGUGAUGGCGGCCAAGGAGGGCACGCUGGGCAGCGUGGACGGACGCAUCAAACUGUACCGCGCCAUCAACGCUGUCGUCGCGCCCGCUGGCCUGGUCAAGACUCCCUGUGGACUAUGCCCGAUCUACACAUUUCCCGACGACGCCUUCCCGUUUGUGUUCCGCGGCCGGCCCCGCCCGGUCCGACGUGAAAGGUUGAGCCAGCAUGACGGCGGCGGCGCGCGUGGACCUGCAGUACGGCGGCAAACGGCGGGACGACGACUGGGACAACGACAGCAGCUCAGCGCGACUCUUUGAGCGCUCGCAGACGAACGAGAAACCGUGCAGAAGAAGACGUUCGCCAAGUGGGUGAACUCUCACCUCUCCCGAGUAUCGUGCAGAAUCUCGGACCUUUACACGGACCUGCGAGACGGAAGAAUGCUCAUCAGACUCC